GUCCACUGAGAAUUGAGAAUAUAGUUAUCAUCAACAUCAACCAAAGAAGAACCUUAUCUCUCAAGAGGUCUCUCUGUUUUAUCGAAUGAACUACAAUGAAUGUGAUCUCAUGCUCCUUCUCAUUGGAACAUAAUCUCUACGAGACAAUGUCUUGUCUCCAGAGAUGCUCAAAGCAAGAAGAACUGAAGCAAAUCCACGCUCGCAUGCUGAAAACUGGCUUGAUGCAGGAUUCUUAUGCAAUCACAAAGUUUCUUUCUUUCUGCAUUUCUUCAACGUCUUCCGACUUUUUGCCUUAUGCCCAGAUUGUGUUUGACGGGUUUGAUCGACCAGAUACUUUCUUGUGGAACCUAAUGAUCAGAGGGUUCUCGUGCUCAGACGAACCCGAGAGGUCUCUUCUCCUGUAUCAACGUAUGCUCUGUUCUUCAGCUCCUCAUAACGCGUAUACUUUUCCGUCUCUUCUCAAAGCUUGUUCGAACCUAUCUGCAUUUGAAGAAACAACGCAAAUUCACGCACAGAUCACGAAACUUGGAUAUGAAAAUGAUGUCUAUGCAGUGAAUUCUCUGAUUAAUUCAUAUGCUGUGACCGGGAAUUUCAAGCUAGCUCACCUUCUCUUUGACAGAAUCCCCGAACCUGAUGAUGUCUCGUGGAACUCUGUGAUCAAAGGUUAUGUAAAAGCUGGAAAAAUGGAUAUUGCAUUAACGUUAUUCAGGAAAAUGGCAGAAAAGAAUGCUAUAUCAUGGACUACGAUGAUCUCUGGGUAUGUUCAAGCAGACAUGAACAAGGAAGCUCUGCAAUUGUUUCAUGAAAUGCAGAAUUCAGAUGUUGAGCCUGAUAAUGUUUCCCUAGCUAAUGCUCUCUCAGCUUGUGCUCAGCUCGGAGCACUCGAGCAAGGGAAAUGGAUCCAUUCCUAUCUUAAUAAGACAAGAAUCAGAAUGGACUCUGUUUUGGGUUGUGUUCUUAUAGAUAUGUAUGCAAAGUGCGGUGAAAUGGAAGAAGCUUUGGAAGUUUUCAAGAAUAUUAAGAAAAAAUCAGUGCAAGCAUGGACAGCUUUGAUUUCAGGAUAUGCAUACCAUGGCCAUGGAAGAGAAGCUAUUAGCAAAUUCAUGGAGAUGCAAAAGAUGGGAAUUAAGCCAAAUGUGAUCACUUUCACUGCGGUUCUCACGGCUUGCAGCUACACAGGACUAGUUGAAGAAGGAAAGUUGAUAUUCUACAGCAUGGAGAGAGAUUACAACCUGAAACCGACCAUCGAGCAUUAUGGCUGUAUUGUUGAUUUACUCGGUCGAGCUGGAUUGCUUGAUGAAGCAAAACGUUUCAUUCAGGAGAUGCCAUUGAAGCCAAAUGCUGUGAUAUGGGGUGCGUUGCUCAAAGCCUGUCGAAUUCACAAAAACAUCGAAUUGGGAGAGGAAAUUGGAGAAAUCUUAAUUGCAAUAGAUCCAUAUCAUGGCGGAAGAUAUGUUCAUAAGGCAAAUAUUCAUGCUAUGGAUAAAAAGUGGGACAAAGCAGCUGAAACAAGAAGAUUGAUGAAAGAACAAGGAGUAGCAAAAGUUCCAGGAUGUAGUACAAUUAGCUUGGAAGGGACCACACACGAGUUUUUAGCGGGAGACCGAUCACACCCAGAGAUAGAGAAAAUUCAAUCUAAAUGGAGAAUCAUGAGAAGGAAACUUGAGGAAAACGGGUACGUACCAGAGUUAGAAGAGAUGCUGCUUGAUCUAGUUGAUGAUGAUGAAAGAGAGGCUAUUGUGCAUCAGCAUAGCGAGAAAUUGGCUAUUACAUACGGGUUAAUCAAGACUAAACCAGGAACCAUUAUUCGUAUAAUGAAGAAUCUCCGAGUAUGCAAAGAUUGUCACAAAGUAACGAAGCUCAUCUCUAAGAUAUACAAGAGGGAUAUUGUAAUGAGAGAUAGGACAAGGUUCCAUCAUUUCAGAGAUGGGAAAUGCAGUUGUGGGGACUACUGGUAA